CGCGGCGCUGGCAGCCGCCACCGCGGGGCGCAGCCCAGACCCCGCGCCUCGCCCCGGCCCCGGGCGGCCCACGCGGCCCGCGGCGGCCGAGGAGGCGGCAUGAGCGGCUCGCGGCGGAGCUGACGGCGCCCGGGCCCGCCCUUCGCCAUGCUGCGCUCGGCGCCACCGGGCCGCUACCUGUACCCCGAGGUGAGCCCGCUGUCGGAGGACGAGGACCGCGGCAGCGAGAGCUCGGGCUCCGACGAGAAGCCCUGCCGCGUGCACGCGGCGCGCUGCGGCCUCCAGGGCGCCCGGCGCAGGGCCGGGGGCCGGCGGGCUGGGGGUGGUGGGCCGGGGUCCGGGGGGCGGCCGGGCCGCGAGCCCCGGCAGCGGCACACGGCGAACGCGCGCGAGCGGGACCGCACCAACAGCGUGAACACGGCCUUCACGGCGCUGCGCACGCUCAUCCCCACCGAGCCGGCCGACCGCAAGCUCUCCAAGAUCGAGACGCUGCGCCUGGCCUCCAGCUACAUCUCGCACCUGGGCAACGUGCUGCUGGUGGGCGAGGCCUGCGGCGAUGGGCAGCCGUGCCACUCGGGGCCCGCCUUCUUCCACGCGGCGCGCGCCAGCAGCCCACCGCCGCCACCGCCGCCACCGCCCCCGGCCCGCGACGGCGAGAACGCCCAGCCCAAACAAAUCUGCACCUUCUGCCUCAGCAACCAAAGAAAGUUGAGCAAGGACCGCGACAGAAAGACAGCAAUUCGAAGUUAGGAGGUGGCCCACAACACCCGCGAGGCAGAUGACACUGGAGGAUCUGCGGAGAGCCACCACUGCGGACCUGACCCAGUGCAGACCUCCUGUGAGCAUGCCCUCCUGUGGGCAGAGCCUGUGGACGGAUGGACGGACAGACAGGCAGCAGCAGGGCUCUGAGCUGCCCUAGCACUUGCCCAGGCCCUCCGGGACUUUCCAGGUUGGAUUCCUACCUGGCUUUCACAUCUUGUGUCUUUGAUAUGAUAAUAUAAAGUCCGGAAAUUUUGUAUAAUUAAAAACGAAACAAUAGCUUCUUCUAAA